GACCGAGCUCAGUUUACCUACCCUGACCCCCCUCCCUCCCCCGUCGGCAGGGGCCGAUUCGGAUCUUCACCCCGCUAACACUCCAAUAAAUCGCCUCGAUGCGGGGGAGCGCGCCCCCAAAGAGCGCGACGGACGUGGAGAUGGCGUUGCAUCGCAUGGGAUGAACUCUUCUUCCCCGGCACCGGUCUAGGAAUUUCUCCAUGAUGCUUUGAAUUUAGCCUGAACUCCGGCCGCUUCCAACCCAUUACCCAGCGUAUCACCGCACCACCCAGUUCCGUGUUGCCGGAUGACCUCGUCUCUGUCCACACGGCGGUCCGGUGCGUUGGCUAUAACGCCAUGGUAUAACGUAUUGUAUUGAUGGAGAAAUUGGCGCGAUGCAAGGCACUCACUCUGUACCUGCAUGUUGUUAUAAGGCCCGCGGGCCCCUUCUCUCACGGAGGACCGGCGUCGCGCUCUGCAGCCAGCAUUCGCCUCCUCCGUAGUUUGUCGCGAUGAUCAUCUCCCUCAAGACGGCCCUCGCGGCCUUGCUCCUCUCACCUCUAGCAGCACAAGCCCGCCCGAGAUGCCCGACGCGGGAUGAGAGGGAAUGGGUCACCAUCUGGGGAACCAUGCCCCAGCUCUGCGAGCCAGCCAACCUGCCCCCGGCGCCCUUUAACAAGACGGGCCGCGUCUUCCGCGACGCAACGCUUCGCCAGACCGUCAAGGUCUCCCUCGCGGCCGACACCCUUCGUCUCCAGAUCAGCAACGCCUUCGGCGGCUCCGACCUGCCUGUCACCGCCGUCACCAUCGCCCGCACGGCCAACAACACGGCCGGCACGAGCGGUGUCGACACCGGCUCCCUCCAGGUCGUCACUUUCUCCGGCAGCGGCGGCUUCGUCGUCCCCAACGGCGCCAUCGUCUUCUCGGACCCGAUCGAGCUCUCCGUCGCGGCGCAGUCCAUCGUCUCCGUGACCAUCUACCUCGCCGACGGGCAGACGACCAACAGCAUAACCGCGCACCCGGGCAGCCGGACGACCUCGUUCCUCGUCAGCGGGAACCACGUCGCCGACCAGGACAUCGGCGCCAACGCCACCCGGACGGACCAUUGGUACCUGAUCAGCUCCAUCGAGGCCUGGUUGCCCAAGGGCGCGUCGGCCGUGGCCAUCGUGGGCGACUCCAUCUCCGACGGCCGCGGAUCGACGACGAACGCCAACGACCGCUGGCCCGACCGGCUGCUGGCGCGGCUCAAGGCCGAGCCGUCGACGCAGGCCAUCGCCAUCGUCAACGAGGCCGCAGGCGGGAACCGCGUGCUGGCCGACGGCCUGGGCCCGAACGGCCUGGGUCGCAUCGACAGGGACGUCAUCGCGCAGUCUGGGGUGCGGUACGCCAUCGUCUUCAUCGGCGUCAACGACAUCGGCACGGCGGCCACCACGGUGGCCGCCCAGGAGGCCGUCGGCGACAGGCUCGUGGCGGCGUACGACCAGAUCAUCACGCGGCUGCACCGCUUCGGCAUCGCCGUCUUCGGGGCGACCAUCACGCCGAUGACCGGGGAGGGCCAGACGUACGGGGACCCGGAGCGGGAGAGGACGAGACAGCGGGUGAACGAGUGGAUCCGGACCAGGGGGCGGUUCGACGGGCUCGUCGACUUUGACGAGGUCGUGAGAGACCCCACGGCGCCGGAGAAGCUGCGGGCCGAGUACGACACGGGCGAUCACCUGCACCUCAACCCGGCCGGGUACGAGGCCAUGGCCGCCGGCGUCGACCUGGCGCUGUUCGAGAAGUUCAAGGACGGCGUUUGGGGCAUGGCCUAGAAGGCGGCGGGCGGGCGCGCGGGCGCCCUCCAGCUCAUUGUGCGGAGGAGAAGAGGAAGUCGUGGUGAGUCAGAGGGUGUUUUGUACGCGAGUCGACGUCGACGAGAAGGAUUCGCCAGACCGCGCGCGUCUGCUGUAUGUGUAGCGUGGCGAUUGGAUGGCAGAAUGCACCUCCCGUCCAAGAGACCGUCCAGUGGCAGAAGCGGUAUUAGUAGCAUGCGACCUGCGACCUAUGCGGCCCAAAUAAGAGCAAACCUUAAUAAAAUGUUGAUAUGUUUCUCAAACGCAAAUCGGCCCUUGCCUGUGGAGCAUUCGUGGAAGUCGGGGUUGC